ACCUUCAUUGUUAUAAUCUCAUCGCCGUUAUUUUUAGACUUUCAACCGCCAAACCCUCUCUCCUUUCGAAUUAUCACCCUCAUCAUCAUGUCCUCAGUUUUUCUUCUUUUCCUUCUCCUGUGUCUUUCUUCUUUGCAUGCCUGUAAUGCCCGUAUUCUACUCUUUAGUACUGAUGAGCAAAUUAGCAGUAAAAUCUACCAUUUUGCUGAGGAUGUAGGGAAGGUAAAACCUUUCGAAACCUCAAGUACAUCAAAGCUGAAACCUACAUCAAAGCUGAAGCCUUCCAUCCCAGGAGAAUAUCAAACACUGGAAUUAGAAUCCAGAAACAAUGAAAGAUUCACUCGUGAGAAUUGUGAUGGUACUGUUACCACUUCCAAGCAAAAAAUUCCAAAUGCAAGUUUGCGGAAACAAGAACCCGCCGAUAGAGAAAACACAGAAAGUGAGAUUACAAAAUCUUUUGCUCCUACUGAGUUGCAGCAAUCUAUUAAAGAAAAGGGGCUGAUCAAGGGGCAUGCACGCUCAAUGCACGGAUCUGCACCACAUGAUACAGAGGAAGCCCUUGAUUUUAAGGAAAAUGAUGCUGUUGAUGAUGACAUAGUAGUGAUGGAUUAUGCACAACCUCACCGAAAGCCACCCAUUCACAACGAAAAACCCUAGAUCAUCACUUUCCACCUUCCUCUACAAACUCUAUAAAUAUAAUAUAUAUAUAUAUAUAGUACAUUAUUUUUUGUACUUUUUUUUUUCGGUUCUAAAAUGCAAAAUAUGUAUACUUCCAAGUGCUUUGUCAUUAUUAUUAUUUCUUUUUAGUACUGAAUUAUAUAUAUAUAUAUAUACAAUCCAGUUACUAUCAAGAUAUCUUGAUGAAAUUUGGUGUGGAAACCAAUGUACUGGAACAAACUUGUCCUGCAAUAUGUUGCAAGAUAUUGGCGUCUGUACCAAAUUUU